ACAGUGAAUAUUAUAUUUGUUAACUUGGUAUCAGUUGCUAGGUUUCCUUUCCUCUCCAUUAAUGGCUUCUUCCAAAUCCUCGUUUCACCCUGCCCUAGCCAUAUCAAAUAUCAAAAAUUUUAUCCCCAUCACUUUAGAUCUCGAGAAUAGUGACUAUUCCUCAUGGGCGGAGUUGUUCAAAAUCACCGCCCGGGCUUAUCAGGUCCUUGAUCAUAUCCUCCCGUCUACGGACGAUACUUCUUCUACCUCCUCUACCGCAGAUCCUAAUCUUACUGCCGACGAGCGUCUUGCACGGGAAGCGGCUAGGAAGGAGGCGGCUGCGUUAUGGUCUCGUUUAGAUGCUAUUGUUCUACAAUGGAUCUACGGGACCAUUUCCAAUGAUCUCCUUCAUACUAUCAUCGAGGUUGAUUCCACCGCUCAAGAUGCAUGGGACCGUCUCUCUGACCUUUUCCAGGAUAAUAAGCACUCCCGUGCCGUCUUCUUGGAAAAUGAAUUCACCUCCACCCGGUUGGAUCAAUUCUAGAAUGUCUCCGCCUACUGCCGUGUUUUGAAGACCCUAUCCACCCAGAUGAAAAAUGUUGGGGCUCGUGUGGAUAAUGACCGCCUUGUGCUUCGCAUGGUCAAUGGCCUUCCCCCAUCAUAUAAUAUGGUUGCUUCCAUGAUUCAACAAAAGGAACCUCUCCCUCCUUUUUCAAAAGCACGGUCAAUGGUUGUUCUCGAGGAAACCCGCCAGAAUCACUAGCUGAAUUCAUCACCUGCUACAGCUCUUGUUCACACCGGCGAACCUACGCCAACAGGCCCCUCAGCACCUCGUGGACGUGCCUCUUCUCAACGCAGAGGUCGCGGACGUACCUCUUCUCAACGAGGAGGUCGCGGACUUGCUCCCUCUGGCCGGCAUGAGUCCUCUUCGUCAUCCGCUGCACCCAUCGGAAUGGGAACCUCCUGGCCUACGUCACCACCCUGGGCGUACUGGCCGCAACCGUCGGCUUGGGCUCCUCCUCCAUGCCCCUACCCCGGUGUCCCUUGGUUUGGUCAACAUGUUGUACUGCCAUCUCCCAGUCAAGGCAUUCUGGGCCCACGUCCACCUCAGGCGCAUUUGGCAGCCCCUUUCUCAUCGGCCCCUAGUGAUCUUGCCAACACCAUGCAGAAUGUUACACUCUCUCCCCCGGGUGAUCAAUGGUACAUGGAUACCGGGGCUACCUCUCAUAUGACGGCGAAUCCAGGUACAAAAAAGGAUGUCAUGUUCAAUGAAUAUGGGCAGCCUGUAGGUCUUGGAUCAGAGAAGUUUUCAACUGCAGUUGGAAAAAUUGCAAAGGCACAUUGUCCACCUGCAAUCAAAUCAUGGAAGAAUGUCAGUUCUACUAUCAAGAAUACCAUAUGGAACAAUGUUACUUAUGAGUAUUCUGUGCCAGAAGUUUAUAGGAAAAAAGUGCUAAGAAAAGCAAACAUUGCUUGGAAAAAUUGGAAAUCAUCACUUCGUAAGAAGUAUGAUAAACAUAAAACGGAUGUCGACCGGAAAAAAAACAGACCAAGAGGUAUGAAAAAAGAAGACUGGGAAGAGUUCAUUGUGUUCUGCUCCACGAAAGCAGACAAGGGUCGGCGUGAAAAGGGCAGAAAAGCAAGGGGAUGCGCUAAGAGACUACAUUCAUCGGGUAGGACUGGCUGUGCAAGGAUAGCUCACAAAAUGAAAGAGGAAAGUCUUACUGGGGACAUCAAUAGAACUGAAUUGUAUUUGAUCACACAUGUUAGAAAGGUUGGUUCUACCUCCAUGAGCACGAGUGAAGGCUUGGAUCAAAUAAGAAAGCUUGUAGCUGAUGAUCCAUAUUUGGGACACAAAGAUCUGGAUCGUGAUGCUGUUGCGAUGGUAUGUGGGCCUGAUGGAAAGGGUUAUGUACGUGGUAUGGGUGGAGGUGUUACAAAGACUGAGAUACGUGCUUCGGGUCCUUCUAGAGAAAUUGCUCGCAAAGAAAAGAAACAACAUGAAGUGAUUAACAAUGAAAUAAUAAUACUUAGAGAAGAAGUAGCUACAUUGAAGCAACUGGUCCAAAGUAAUGCAACAAAACCUCCACAAUCACAAGAGUUUCGUGAUACUUCUCAGGAGGUGAAUCUGACCUCACUACAAGGACAUGUUUUUUGAAAAACUUAAGGAGAAAAGUUCUUGCUUAUGGACGCUUAAAUACGGAAGCUCCACCAAAUAAGGAAGCUUAUAGUAUCAUUAUUGAUGAGAUAUUUGAUGAUAGUGAGUAUCUAUAUGACAAGGAUGAGAAGUUUGAAGACAUAUUGGUUGGAGAACUCAUCAAUUGGCCAAAAGCAAAUGUUCAUUUCACUAGGAUCAAUUAAUGUUCAGUGCUACUUUUGUUCUUCGUUUUUGGUUUGCUUAUUUACAUUUCAGAUUCAGACUAGCAACUUGAAUAUUAGUUAAAAGGUCAAUUUGGACCAUGUGUAUGUGUUAAUGGCACUUGAUGAUCAAACCAUUCCAAACUGUACUCAAUUUUAAUUGAGUUGUUUUGACUUUUUUAAGAUGAAUGAAAUUGCCACUUU